ACCUAGAUCCGCUCCUGUAUAUAGUAAAUUCGAUUUUCGUAAUUUUAAAGAUCGUUUCGAACACACACUUUGGACCAGUCAGGGCCCCUUGAUGUCUAAACAUGACAAGAGCCUAGCGACUUUGUUCGUCUCCGUUACAAGUGCCGUUUCCUUUCCGUUGUGAGCUCACGCCUCUGUACUGUACUUCAGUGGAAAACGAACUCUCAUCAAUAUUCCCAUCUUUCCUGGUUGAAUGGGGCGAUAUUAUGUUUUCAUUAUAACAACUGAAAAUCUCCUCCAGAUGGUCUUCGAUGAUAUAGAAAAGAAGUGACGUCAAGCAACACCAGGCCACUUAAAAUUAAUAUACGUGUGUGAAAACUUGUUACAAUUAUAGAGCCAAUACGAUAAUUCACUAAUAGAAACCAUAUUGUUGGCUUUAAACGUAAACUUUACUGUUGGCCAUAAAACUAAAUUUCUGUUUUAUGGUCAACAAGAAGGUUUCAAUCAAGGAACUUGUUUUGAAAUAACUUAUUUUGUGCUUGCAUCAAAAAUUGUACGUCCUGGUCAAAUAUUUCGUGUAGUAGUCAUUAUAUAUAGCUCAACAAAUCCCAUGACUGUUCGUGCUUCUAUUCAUCGUGAUGGUGUCGAACUUGCCUCAUCGUCUCAGGAAUGUAAACUGAAAACCCCCGAAACAUUAUUAUUAAAGAUACCACCAACAAGUACUGUAGGUCAGUACAAACUAAGGAUAGAAGGUAACGUAAACGGUGUUCUUGGAGGUACUGCAUUUGCUAAUGAAACUUUUUUGGAAUUCUCACAACGUUCUAUGACAAUCUUUAUACAAACAGAUAAGCCCAUUUAUCAACAAGGACAGCUAGUUCGAUUUAGAGCUAUUCCUAUUGCUACAAACUUAAAAGCAUUUUCUGAUGCGGUAGAUGUGUAUAUGCUAGAUCCACAUGGAACUGUGAUGAAGAGAUGGCUGUCUCGUCAAACAAAUUUAGGUGCUGUUAGUUUAGAAUAUCCACUUUCCCAACAACCAGUGUAUGGUAAUUGGUCAAUUAGAGUCAUAGCUCAGGGACAAAUAGAAGAUAAAACAUUUUAUGUGGAAGAGUAUUAUCAAACUCCAUAUGAAGUUAAUGUUACUGUAUCACCAUUUUGUUUGAAUAAUGAUAAAUAUAUUUAUGGAAGAGUUGAAGCAAAUUAUACAAGUGGAGUUGCUGUAACUGGAAAUUUAACAAUUAAAAUUUUUAUUGUUGGUUAUGGGUAUAAAAAAUCUCAAUUUGUUACUGAAAAAAAAUAUAAAUAUUUUGAUGGCAUGCAAGAGUUCAAAAUUCCUAUGAAUGAAUUAAAGUGGAAAUUACAGUAUUUAGAUAAGUCUACAGUUACAGUGGAAGCGCACGUGGGUGAACACUACCUUAAUCGAAUCGAAGUGGGAUUUGCUCAAACAAUUAUUUUUAACUCUGAUGUAGAAUUAAAAUUUUUAGGAUCAUCACCACAAGUUUUUAAGCCUGCUAUGCCAUUCAAAGCAUAUCUUGCAGUUUCCUUUCAUGAUGGUUCUGCUCUUCCCCCUUGGAGACUAGCUAACAGACAAUUGGAAAUUAAAACAUUGGUUACAUUUAAAAAUAGUGAUAUUAAAGAUCUUAAUACUCAUCAAGAACAAAUGUUGCCUACUCAACCAGGAAUAUGGCAAGUUAAUAUUGAUCUUCAUACACAACUGAAAGGAAAAAACUUAAAUAAUGUAUAUGCUGUACAUUUAGAGGCUUAUUAUCAAGAUGAUACUGGAGAAACAGCUAAAGCAAAUCUUCUUAUGUAUGCAUCAUAUUCUCCUACAAAUCAUCGUAUUCAUGUUUCAACAAGCACUAAACAUCCAAAGGUAAGAACAGUUUUGAAUAUGAUACAUAAAUCUGUGCUUUAAUUGAUUUUAUUGAAA